AUGCAUGCCCCCGUUGGACUUGGAGCGGGAACCAGUUUCCCAUGGAUCUUGUGGGCGAUCUGGAUCUCCAGGAACUACUUGAUAUUUGAGAAAAGGACCUUCACGAUGGAGGAGACAAUCACCAAAGCCCUCCAGGACGCCAGAGAAUGGCAGCAAGCCCAGAGAAAGGAGGAAACCAGACCAGAUCCAACAAGACUUUUCAUCGCUCCACCUCCCAUCUCCGAUGAGCUCACAUGUAAUACCUAUGCAGCGUGGAUGGCAGAUCGACAAGCUGCAGGGCUUGGCUGGAUCUUCAGAACCCAUGAGGACACGGUCAUUUCACAGGAUUCUCAAGUCGUCGUUUCAGUGGCCUCCCCGUUAAUGGCGGAAGCAUUGGCAAUGUUCUAUGCUUUGCAGAAAGCUUCACAAGAAGAAGGAGAUCUAUGGAGUGGUGUUCGGCAUCAAGCAUCUCUCAGCAUCCUUUGA